GUGGGCCGCUUGCCUCCACACGUUUAUAUUAUUUUGACUUACGUGUUUGAUUUCGCGUAGAGUUUUGGACGGCGGUAAAGAUGCGGCACCUAGUGUACGACAAAUUGUGACUUUGGACUAUACAAAAAAAAACAAUCAAAAAAUGCAAAAACACCGUGGUAUUUCGUCAAGAAAAAUAAAUUCCGUUCGGCAAAAUUUUCUUUAAAACCGCAACUAAACGCAGUUCAAAAUAGCAUUAUUAUAUUCAGUUUUAUACACAUAUAUAAUUUUUAUUAUUUCGCAUUGUUAUAAUUUCGUCACAAACUAAAGCAGUUCUUAAAUUAUAAGUUGUUCUCGUUGAUUUGUUUUGAUUGAAACCGUAACCAACUGUAGAGGCGUACAAAGUAUACACAGACUGACGGACUUGGGACAUUAGAAUAUAAAAGGGGGAUAAAGAAGUGAAGAAAAGUAAGGAUGGCGCUCGCAUCUUCUGUCAGCCUUUAUUACUCGAUCGUGCAGCGCGCGGCGAGGCACUAUCUCGAAGACUACUGUCACACAGAUACGACAGCGCCAUACGUGCUGUACAAAGAUGGCGUGGAACGUGCACCACCGGGCACGCAGUGGGGCGGAGGCGUUCUCGACGGUGGCUACCAGACAAUGCAGCACCAGAGCCCCGGAGGGCCUUCGCCUCAGCCCGAACCGCAGCUCGCUUCGCCCGCGCCAUCGCCCUACCCGCCGGCGCCACCGCCCCCCGAUCCCACGGCCGCUGCCGAGGACGCUGCGCAGCAGCUUGCACAGCAGCAGGCGCAGCAGCAGGCCCAGCAACAGGCGCAGCAACAACAGACCUCGCCGGAUCACAUGCAGGUCGACCAGCAACUCCAGAACCAAGCACAGGCCCAGAACCAGGACCAUCUAGACCGCGGGCCGUGCUUCGUGCAACCCGACCUACAGCAGCAAUACACUCCGUAUUUCAAGGAAGCUAGACCGACGAGCCACAUGCUGGGCACCGGUGGUUUUCCGCUACACUAUCUCAAACAAAAUGGUGGCGUAUUGUCUUUGGAAAGCCCUCUCGAUCAGUACGGUGCGCCAGAGCUGCGCCACCUGCCGGAUAUCGUCCAGCCGGAGCAACCGAAACCGAGGAAACAUAAUCCCAACUCAGAACUUCGCCUGUUUAAAUGCCUGACGUGCGGCAAGGACUUCAAGCAGAAGUCGACGCUUCUGCAGCACGAGCGCAUCCACACGGACUCUCGGCCGUACGGGUGUCCAGAGUGCGGCAAGCGGUUCCGUCAGCAGUCGCACCUCACGCAGCAUCUCCGCAUCCACGCGAACGAGAAGCCGUACGCGUGCGUGUACUGCCCGCGCUCCUUCCGGCAGCGCGCCAUCCUCAACCAGCACCUGCGCAUCCAUUCCGGUGAGAAGCCCUAUACGUGCGGCGAGUGCGGCAAACAUUUCCGCCAGAAGGCCAUCCUGAACCAGCACGUCCGCACACACCAAGACGUCUCUCCGCACCUUAUAUUCAAGAACGGAACAACACCGACUCUGUGGCCGCAGGACGUUCCGUAUCCACCGGAUGAGAAUAAGGAAGAGAUUCAGUCGACUUUUGGCGAUGCUGAUGGCCAGAACGGAGAGCAACGCGGGUCGUGCUUCUCGCCGGGCGAUACGGCGCAAUAUCCGGCAUACUUCAAAGAUACAAAAGGUCUCAAUCACGCCGUAUUCGGCUCGGGUCUGUCGUUGCAAUACCUGAAGGGGGGUAAGUUGCCUGACGUUUUAGGAGGUCGUGCGAUGCCAUUGUAUGUUCGCUGCCCUAUCUGCCAAAAGGAAUUCAAGCAGAAGUCGACGUUGUUGCAACACGGGUGCAUUCACAUAGAGUCUAGGCCGUAUCCUUGCCCGGAAUGCGGCAAGCGCUUCCGGCAGCAAUCGCAUCUAACGCAACAUCUGCGCAUCCACACCAACGAGAAACCGUACGGCUGCGUCUACUGCCCGCGCUUUUUCCGACAACGGACGAUACUGAACCAGCAUUUACGUAUCCACACGGGAGAGAAGCCGUACAAGUGUACCCAGUGCGGCAAAGACUUUAGGCAGAAAGCGAUCCUUGAUCAGCACACGCGCACGCACCAGGGCGACCGGCCCUUCUGCUGUCCCAUGCCCAACUGCCGGCGGCGUUUCGCAACAGAGCCCGAAGUCAAGAAGCACAUUGACAACCACAUGAACCCGCACGCCGCUAAGGCGAGGCGUGCGGACGCGAAGACCCCGCGGCCGCUGCCCCCCGCGGCGGCUGUGGUGAAGCCGGAGCUGUACUUCCCGCAGUGCUACGCGCCGCCCUUCCAGCAGUUCCCGACGGGCGGAGAGUUCAAGCCGACGCUUGGGCCAGGCGCGCCGGGAGCCUGCUUGCCGGCGCAGUGACC